CCGAAAAGUAAUUGUUUUUCUUUUUUUGGGUAAGCAGUGAUGUACAAAUUGAAACCGAUGAGAUAAUUCUGAGUGUGUGACAGUAGAGGACUGAAAAUAGUCUUAACAAAUCCUUCAUUGCUGCUGCGAUCUCUGUCUUGCCUCUCGGAAUGGAUCUGGCAUUCACUUCUUCAUUGUCCCUUGCUGCUGGAAAUAUAGCCACCCAAAAGAUAAAGCCUUUUACUUCAAGUAUAAGCACCACCUGUAAAGUGCCAGUGCAGAGAAAGUUUAGGUGUUUCGCCACAGUUGCCACUGCAAUGACUCAGGCUUCCGAGUUUGAGUUAGAGAACAAAAAGCAUGAUCUUCUGAGAACUAUCCAAGACAUGCAACGAGGCCUUACUACGACUGCUGAUCAACGCUCCAUCAUUGAGGAGGCUCUGGUGAGCUUGGAAGGAUACAACGUGGGUGCUCCAAUAGAUCUUAAGAAGUUGGAUGGAACAUGGCGUCUGCAGUAUACUUCUGCCCCUGAUGUCCUCAUUCUUCUAGAAUCUGCUGCAAGGCUUCCCUUUUUUCAGGUUGGGCAGAUCUUCCAAAAGUUUGAAUGCAAGGAUCAGUCUGAUGGAGGCAUCAUACGUAAUGUUGUUCAAUGGAGUAUUCCAACUUUAUUAGAGGAACAAGAAGGUGCUACUCUACUUGUUUCUGCAAAAUUUUCUGUUGUUUCAGUUCGUAACAUUUAUCUUCAGUUUGAAGAGAUAACUGUUAAAAAUAUCAAAAUCAGUGAAGGGCUGCAAGCUCUAAUAGCUCCUGCAAUACUUCCACGGUCAUAUUUAAGUCUAGAGAUCUUGCAGUUCAUUCGUUCUUUCAAAGCUCAAAUUCCUGUGACUGUGAGAGACCCUGGGAGGUAUGGUGCUCAUAUUGUUCUAAGUAUUGGUAAUAUAUACACAUUCCUGUGACUGUGAGAGACCCUGGGAGGCAAUCAGUCGGAGGACUUUAUUAUCUUUCCUAUCUAGAUAGCAAUAUGCUUCUGGGUCGCGCUGUUGGAGGUGGGGGAGUUUUCGUUUUUUCCAGAGCUCAACCUCUAGACUUCUGAAUAACAGCUUGAUUUGCAAGAUAUGCAAGGGGCCAAGGGCUGUUCAGCUUAUAUGUGGUCAAGCAAACUAACUAGCUCAUGAGAUCAUCUGCCUGGAGUAAUCCUCUAAUACAGACUCAACCAACCGGUCGUUCCCUCUUACAGAAGUAAGGAGAUACAUAUCUGUACAUUGUAUUUUCCUUGACCAUUGUCGCCCCUCCACAUUAUAGAAAAAUUAAUUUGCCAGAAACAAAGGCCAGGGCCUUCAGUUCCUGAUAUUCUGUUCAUUUGAUUGUUGUAAAUUUUGAACUUAAUUGCCUAGUUGUUUCAAGUUCAACUGAUUAUGAUCUCGUAUCAAUUUUCAUCUCAAUGUUUUCUCA